ACGCCCACCGAAGCGUCUGUUUACAGAGGCACGGGAGUGAACUGAAUAAUUUGAUCAGCGAUCAUGUAGUUUAUGCUCAUAAAUAGUUUAAUUUGAAAUAUUAUUAUGCCUCGACGGACUCACGAGGACACAGAACCCCUGCUUUCGUCCACUGGCAUCGACGAAGACGUGUUUCUUCUAGGUGACCAGGAGUUCAGCAGAAAGAAACUUUCAUAUGAGGAGGCUGUUGAGAAAGCAGGGUUUGGGCUCUUCCAUUGGCUGCUGUUGGUCGUCUGCGGCUGGGCGAACGCCAGCGAUGCCGUGGAGAUCCUGUGUGUGUCGUUCCUCCUGCCCACGGCACGCUGUGACCUCCUGCUGACCUCGGCCGACAUGGGGCUCCUCACCUCCAGCAUAUUCCUUGGAAUGAUGGUGGGCGGUUAUGUUUGGGGGUAUCUGGCUGAUCGCAGAGGAAGGCGGAGCGUUCUGGUCAUCUCUCUGGCAGUGAAUGGCACAUUUGGGGCGGUGGCCAGUUUGGCCCCGAGUUUCUGGCUCUUUUUGCUACUGCGGUUCUUCAGUGGAGUCGGGGUCGGCGGCUCCAUUCCUGUCAUCUUCUCGUAUUUUUCGGAGUUUCAGCCGCGUUUGAGAAGAGGGGCCAUGAUCAGCGCUCUAGCUACCUUCUGGAUGGCUGGAAGUAUUUUAGCAGCGGGUGUGGCGUGGUUGGUGAUUCCCAGAACAUAUUUAAGUGCUCAUUGGGGUUGGUUGGAUUUUCAGAGUUGGCGUCUUUUUGUGGUCCUCUGCUCCGUCCCCAGUCUGUCAUCAGCACUUAUUUUCAAACUGUUCAUGCCCGAAAGCCCCAAGUUCCUCAUGGAGUCGGGACGCGAGACAGAGGCUUUGUCUGUGUUCCAGAAGAUGUUCAAACUGAACAACAGAUGCGCCACAAAACCAUUUCCUGCAGCGGGUCUUAUGAUAAGAUGCAAGGAUGAUGGAGUAAAAAACAGACCCAUUAGCGGCUCAAGAUUCCAGAGGCUCAGCCAUCAACUCAAACAGGUUCUGGACCCCAUGAAACAGCUGUUUGUUGGACCGCUGGCUUCCAGAAGCGUGGUUCUGCUCAUUAUAUUUUUCUGCAUUUCAUUUGGGUAUUAUGGGUUAUGGAUGUGGUUUCCGGAGCUUUUUAAGAGAGCUGAGGAUGGAGGGUCCCCGUGCGCCAAUGUGUCUCGAGUCCAAAGCUCAAAAAAUCAAAGCUGCUAUUCAGUCCAGACUGCAGUGUACAUGGAGGGCUUUGUAACAGCGGCUUCAAACUUGCCGGGAAACAUCUUCACGAUCCUUCUCAUGGACAGAAUCGGCGGGAAAAUCCUCCUUUCCGUCAGUUUGCUGGUGUCCAGCCUGAGUGUGUUUGUCAUCUACGUGGUCAAGACUAAAUCCCAGAGUCUGAUCGUGUCGUGCGUGUUCAGCGGCGUGUCCGUCAUCUCCUGGAACGCUCUGGACGUGGUGGGAACUGAACUCUAUCCCACACAACUACGCUCGUCAGCUCUGGGGGUUUUCACUGGAGUGGGUCGAGUGGCGUCCAUCAUGGGUAAUGUAGUGUUUGGGCAGCUGGUGGACUCUAACUGUGCCGUACCUCUGCUGAUGGUGUCUGCGUUCCUGCUGGCCGGAGGACUGGUGGCUCUACGACUGCCUCAGACUAAACAGACUGAACUCGCGUGACACAAACACACUCGGUGAAAAUCAUCUCUCAGUCCUGUGAUUCUGGGACCAAACACUGAACCAAAAAGCUGUGACACGUAACAGUUUUGCCCAACAAUGUUGCACAAGUUCACGUUGAGAACUGCACACUUUAACGUGGUAAAAUGCUGAGAGUGAUUCUUAUUGGUAGCCUUAAAAUCAAAUAUCAAAUAAAUGUGUAACUUGAA